AUGCCGCAACCUUCCACUGUUCAGAGUGGAGCGGACAGCGAACGACCUCCUCCCGGGUAUAUUGCAGUUGGGAUGCCGACAUCUAACAUUGUCCGUUUACCUGUUCAGCACCCUUACUAUCAUAUACAACCAGCAUUUACACAAUUUUCCGUGCCGUUUCAUAUUCCAGGACAUCCGCAUAUCCGGCACGAUACGUGGAAUUGUCGCCGAUAUGAUUCAACUUUCAAUUAUCCCACAAUGCCUGGCACCUUAGCUAACGAAACACAAUCCUCUACGCAAGCCGUUUUAUAUCACACCACUUUACCCUCGAUUCCCCAGCCAACAUACUAUGGAGCACUCUUUCAUCAAAUGCCAAAAUUGCAGCAUUUCCCGCCGCAACCUAUGGCCUAUGACAACCAACAAGGCCCAAUUCGCGUGCACGUACGGAAUAACAGCAAUAUAGAGACUUCCAGCUACUCCCGUAUUACGCAUGAACAGCCGUACCGCACGCUUCCGUCGAGGCCGACAGAAUCGUCGACCUCAUGUUAUACUAUUGUCGAUGGCUCGGGGCUAACCAAUCGUUCUGGAAAUGCCCUCGAGACACGUGGAAACGGAGCAGUUUACAGGAAUGUGGUUGAAAUAUCAAUCUCACGGUUGAGUGUUGCUUAUAUUCGAUACCCAGGGGCCAAUGCACAUGUACAACCACCCGUUUUCCUCCCCGAGCCACCAACUCCCAGAGGGCCACCGAGGAAGCCAAAGCAAUCCGGGUUCGCAUUAUGGGUGGGAAAUCUCCCAUCUCGUGCCAACAUUGUUGAUCUCAAGGACCAUUUUUCUCAGGGUGCUACUAAAGAAAUCGAAAGCGUAUUUCUGAUCUCAAACAGCAAAUGUGCAUUUGUGAAUUAUAGGACAGAAGCAGCCUGCGUCUCAGCAGUGGCAAGAUUCCAUGAUUCAAGGUUCCAGGGCAUUAAAUUGGUUUGCAGGAUGCGUAGGGGCACUUCCGAGCUUAAAAAUAGAGUAACAUUAUCACCACCACUUCCGGCGGCUUCAGGUACUACUGAUGAUAGCAAUGAGAUUGAUGACUCACAUGCUGAACUUGUUCCGAACAAUUCCUCCAAGGAUAGCAGUUUCCAACGCCCAGCUGUGAAGUAUUGUGAACGAUAUUUUAUAGUGAAAAGCCUGACUAUUGAAGAUCUUGAACGCAGCAGGCAGACUUCGGAGACUGUAUAUUUGAUAUUCUCCGCCAAUAAAUCUGGAGAAUACUUUGGCUAUGGCAAGAUGGCCUCUCCCAUCCCCACUGGCGAGCAAAGCAUCUCCGACGGGACCCCUCAGAGAAUCAGUUCCACGCCAUCAUCCGAAUUUCUGAUAGUCACGGCUACGCCGCGCACGGAAACGGCUCCAGCGGGCUCUGUGGUGGACGACCCAGCUCGGGGCACGAUAUUCUGGGAAAUCGAUCGCAUUGACGAGGUAGGUUUGGGAAAGACGGGCGGGUCUGGACAGAUAGAGGACGAAGGCACGGCGGACGACAGUCAGUCUUUUGGUAGGCCAUUCAAUGUGGAUUGGUUGUGCUGGCGACGUCUCCCAUUCCACCACACAAGAGGUCUCCGGAACCCUUGGAACGCGAAUAAGGAGGUGAAAAUCGCCAGAGAUGGGACGGAGAUCGAGCCAGGUGUGGGGAGAAGAUUGAUUAGACUAUUCGACCUCAUGGAGUGAAGGGGCGGAAGCGGUUACCUGCUAUUAUUUAAAUUAGAGAGGGUUUGGAGACUCACGCAGCACCUAGCGACAAUGGGAAACCUAGAAAGGUCAAGCAUACAUGGUUCUGUCUUUGAUUUCGGGGCCGGAAGGCAUUUUCAGGCGUUUCUCAAGGGGCGAAUAUAUAUAUAUAUUGAUAUUGAUAGUAUUGCUAUUCAUGAGCGGAAACAUAACAGUGCGCUACAUACGAUAGAUGAUAUUCGAGAAAUAGGAUAUGGCGCAUGUCAUAUAUG